AGCAUCAAAACAACCUAAAUACAACAUAACAACAACACAGACGUAACAGUAUAAAUGAAUUAUUCUGUCAAAUCAGUAUUUAUAAAAACACAUGAUUGUUUUACUACACACCAAUAAUGAGAAGCACAUUUCUUCUUCUGCACUCUCCUACAUCACAACAAACCAGAAGACCCAACAAAGUCCACGCGAACAGAAACGACAUUUUAGUGUCAUUUGCCUCCAAAAAUGUUACUAAGGCAAAUGGAAAAGUCUUUACUUUGUUUACACUCAGCGAGACAAACUUCCGCCAUGUGAAUCCAUCACAUGACCGCGAUCAGCUGACGCGAAGCCUCAGCCAAUCGCGUCGCGCGGCGCUGCUGACGCCACAAAAGGGCUGCUGCUGUUCAAACCGCGCUACACGUCAGAGUCGCACUGAUUGCUCAAAUGUUUCAUUGUAUCUUUAUGUUUGGUGUAAAUAUUGAGAAUACUGCAGCGGAAUGUUUGAACUCCGAUGAAACACGAGGCUCAAAGGCUUCUCUGAGAUAUACUUUCAACAACAACAACAACAACAAAACUUAUGGAGAAGCAAGAAGCAGCUUUUUGGAUCUUAAGGUUUUAACUAGCAUACGGCCAAGAAGAGCUUGUCAGCUCCACCCUUCCCAUUAUCUUGUUUGUCCACACCAUCUGAGUGGCGUUCGACAUCCUGGAUGAAGCACUACAGCUCUUUUCACGAUCCUUAACUGAUGGUGUUUUGGUGGACCUGAAGGUCAGCAGAUCUGGGAUCUUCUGAUGGAGCGGGUGACAGGUAUCCGCUGCUGUGCCGCCCUGCGCUCUUGUUUUCCCAUACUCACCUGGCUCCCGGGGUAUAACCUGACCUGGCUGAAGAUGGACCUGAUCGCCGGUCUGACGGUGGGGUUGACGGCGGUUCCUCAGGCUCUGGCCUACGCGGAAGUGGCUGGUUUACCUGUGCAGUAUGGCCUGUAUUCUGCGUUCAUGGGUGGUUUCAUCUACUGUAUAUUUGGCACAUCUAAAGACAUCACGCUGGGCCCAACGGCCAUCAUGUCGCUGCUGUGUUCGGCGUAUAUCGGUGGAGAUCCUGUGUUUGCAGUGGUGCUCACACUACUGUGUGGCAUCAUCCAGGCGGGAAUGGCACUACUGAGGCUGGGUUUCCUCUUGGACUUCAUCUCACAUCCAGUAAUUAAAGGCUUCACCUGUGCUGCGGCCGUCACCAUCGGCUUCGGCCAGGUCAAGAAUAUUCUGGGUCUGAAGGAGAUCCCACAGCAGUUCUACUUACAGGUUUACUACACCUUCCACAAGAUACCUGAGGCCAGAGUUGGAGAUGUGAUUCUGGGUCUGUGCUGUCUGUUCUUCCUGGUCAUGUUGACGCUGAUGAAGAAUUCUCUGGGUUCGUCUGAACACGAGGCCUCUCUCCUCGUCCGAUCUGCCCGAAGGCUGGUGUGGAGUUUAGCUACUAUGCGGAACGCUCUGGUCGUCAUAGCAGCGACGGGUGUUGCAUAUUCCGCAGAGGUCACCGGUCACCAUUUCUUCAGUCUCACUGGAAAAACUGCCGAAGGACUGCCUCCGUUCAAAGUCCCGCCCCUUUCAGAAACAGUAGCCAAUGGCACGGUGAUUACUUUCAGUGACAUUGCAAAGGACUUAGGCGGCGGUCUGGCUGUCAUUCCUUUAAUGGGCGUCUUAGAGAGCAUCGCUAUUGCAAAGGCAUUCAGCAGCAAGAAUAACUACCGAAUUGAUGCCAACCAAGAGCUCUUUGCCAUCGGUCUCACAAACAUCUUGGGCUCGUUCGUGUCGGCGUAUCCCGUCACGGGCAGCUUCGGAAGAACCGCUGUGAACUCUCAAACCGGAGUGUGUUCACCUGCUGGAGGGAUCGUCACAGGUGUUAUAGUGCUGCUGUCGCUGGCGUUCCUCAUGCCGCUCUUCUUCUACAUCCCUAAAGCUUCGCUCGCUGCCGUCAUCAUCUGCGCCGUCAGUCCCAUGAUGGACUUCAGAGUGCCAGUCCAGCUCUGGAGAGUCAAGAGACUUGAUCUGCUGCCGUUCUUGGUGACGUUUGUGGUCAGUUUCUGGGAGGUGCAGUAUGGCAUUGUGGGAGGUGUGGUGGUUUCUGGUUUCAUGCUGUUGCACAUCGUGGCCAGACCCAAAGUGAAAGUGUCUGAUCACGGCGUGCUGCUUCUGGAGCUGGACAGUGGGCUGAACUUCCCCGUGACGGAGCAUCUCAGCAGACUCGUGUACAAACACGCACUUCAGGUGUCUCCUCGGCGCUGUCUGGUUCUGGACUGUGCUCACGUCAGCUCUAUAGACUUCACUGUCGUCCAUGAACUGACCGAACUGCUCAAACAGUUCGAGCUGAGGGGAGUAUCCAUGAUCUUCGCCGGACUAAAGCCGUAAGUAUUGAAGGUGUUGUUGUCGGCUGAUCUUCCUGGUUUCAGACAUACAGACAGAGUAGACGAGGCAUUGCAACUUCUGACCAGUAUCAUCAACAAUUCUAACAGCCAAUAACAAGCAAGAACAGAUUGUGUGGCUUUGAGCCAAUCAGCAUCUGAAUACUUCAAACCCUCUGAUGAUUGGUCACCUGAAAUAUUCUGCGUACACUUUUGACCAAUCAGCACUCAGGAAGAGAGACUUUGAUAAAAACUGAUGGGGAACAAAGUUACAUAAUGUUUGUGUACAUGAUGACCAAAUAAUGCUUUUGCACUUAAAACUAUAUUUAUGUAGUUUGUUUUGUAUUUUGUUUUAAACUCUGAAUCUCAGGUAUGAGAUUGUCAUUUUAUGAACAUGCACUUUUUCUCAACACUAGAAAGAGUCAAAUCUUUAGUAUUUUGGGUUAAAAAGCGCUACAAAUCUGAUGGGUCUCACAAAGCCUAAAAUAUAUUACAUUAAUCCAAAUAAUUUCUCUGUAGUUUACAGUAGUACUUUUACAUGUUUAGUGUGUUUACAUUUAUUUUUUGAUGAUGAAACUGAACUCUUUUGGACUGUCAAAGAUGAAACAGACUCUAACACGAAAUGUCUCUUUUGAUAUUAAAUUGAUAU